UUUCAAUAUUAGUUCAUAGUAUAACCCUUUCUAUAAAUAGAAUGAGGAUUUCCAUUUCAUUAAUGACGUCAUCAUCAUGUCUGCUAAGUUAUUUCAUUACAUGAAGGAAACUCCCCCUGAUUCUGUUUUCAGUGAUAUCCAGACAUUGAAUAAGUUUCAGGAUGAGCAGUAUGGCCAUCUCGUGCAGUAUGUGUUUGGAUUUCUCACAGACCCAUCAAAGUCUUUUAGGUUAAUGACACAGCUUGAAGAUUUUGCAGCAGAAAAUGGAGUCAGUGCUGGAGCCUUGAAAAAUGUCUUUAAAAGUUUCUUGUCCAUUCCAAGCAAUGCAUUGAAAAAGAGCCUUACUCCUGAACAAAUUAGAGAAGAUCUUAUCAAUCUUGGAUUGUCUGAUGCAAAAGCAGACUAUUUUGGAGAGCAAUGGAAGACGAACCAGCUGGCAUUGUCACGAAGUGCACUGGGACAGACGUUAAUGGUGAACCAGCUUUUAGACAUGGAGUGGAAAUUUGGAGUGACUGCAGCCAGCAGUGAGUUGGAUAAGGUGGGCAACACAUUCCUUCAGCUGAAACUAGUCAUCAACACCGGCAAUGGGGUCUCCAACUCCUACAUGGAGUUGACGUUACCCCAGUUUUACUCAUUCCUGCAUGAGAUGGAAAAAGCCAAGGCCAGUUUAGAAUACCUCACAUAACAUCACCCUCGAAAAAUAGACAACAGUUGUGAUAAUACACAUUUUUAUAUUAAUAUUAAUGUACGUGUAUUUUUAAUUAAGUUUCAGACAAUCAGUGAUGCCAUAGAUGUGGUGAAAAUAACAUGUUGGGGAAAAGUUUCAAUUUUCAAACAUGGUUUUUAAUAAAUCUUUACAUAAAAACAGCACACUGACACAACUAAAAGCGAUACGUCAUCUGAUGUGGUAUCUUCAUUAUUAUCAUCGUUACUGUGUGGGUUUUUUUCCAUUUCAUUAUUAUGAAUUUGUUUGUGUUUGUAUGCUUGUAAGUGUAUAUAACUUAAUAAAUAUGAGUGUCUGCUCAUUAUUCUGA